AAUAGGUACUACCACCAUUUGGACUUUGGAGUUUCAAAAAACUUUAUACACAAAAUAUGCCAAGUCAACAACAAUUUCUUGGUGAAAUUCACUCAAGAAAAUUGCUACUUCACACCCCUAUUCCUUCCCAAGCACCAUCUCUUUCACCCUCCGCGGCCACCGCGGCAGUCGGAAAUACCUUGGACGCCAAUGCCCUAAUGGUCUUAUCAGUUCUCGUAUGUGCCCUAAUUGGCUCUCUAGCCAUAUAUUACAUGAUAAGAUUUGUGUUAGGAUUUUUUACACAUUUUUUAAGCGGCAACUCCUCAGCUGAUCAGCUGCCCAGCACAGGCAUCGAGCAAAAGGCAUUGGAAACAUUUCCAAUAGUGAAGUACAAUGCAGAAGAAGCAGGUUUGGACAGUGAGUGUGUGAUAUGCUUGUCGGAGUUCGGAUCGGGUGAGUGGGUUCGGAUCUUGCCCAAAUGCAACCAUGGGUUUCAUGUCAAGUGUAUUGAUAAGUGGCUCAAGUCCCAUUCUUCAUGCCCUACUUGUAGGCAGUGUCUCAUCAAGACAUGCCAAAAGAUUGUUGAUUGUAGCCAGAGCACUAACUCCUCAAAUUAAGUGUGGUGAUCACUUAGAUUAGAUAUUAAGGCUAAAGCAAUAUCUUUAACGACUUGUACCGGAGGGGGUCUGCGAAUUUAUCAAAUUAUCCACAAACAUAUA